CGAGCGCAAUAACAGUCAGGAGCGCAAAUGGCGCGGCAGCUUUUACGCAUUCUCGAAUAUCAUGCAUAAUUGUUUGUUGACUGUGAAAACCAGCAGCAACAGCAUGCAGUCCUCUUUAUUGUCUUUAGCACACUCUCCGGGGAUACCUACAGCUGUUUCGUUAAUGUGGAAAGCGGGAAAUCCACAGUCUAACUGGACUGUGUUGGAUAGAGAAAACAGGACGACUCCCGGUGACACGUUUGAGAACCGGCGCGCACAGUAUGGCCAGUUUUCUCCAUCCAUGUCUGUGUUUUUGACUGUGCUCAUGACGCUCCUUGUGUUUGCUACGGUCCUCGGGAAUGCGCUUGUCAUUUUAGCUUUUGUGGUGGAAAAAAGUUUACGCACGCAAGGCAACUUUUUCUUUUUGAAUUUAGCCAUAGCGGACUUUCUUGUCGGAGGGUUUUGUAUCCCAGUCUAUAUUCCCUAUGUAUUGACGGGCGAGUGGAGACUGGGCAGAGGUCUGUGUAAACUGUGGCUGGUGGUGGAUUAUAUGCUGUGUACCGCCUCAGUAUUCAAUAUCGUGCUCAUCAGUUUCGACAGGUUUCAAUCUGUCACCAAAGCGGUAAGUUACCGUUGUCAAAAAGGGAUCACCAGGGAGGCAGUUUUGAAGAUGCUCUGCGUAUGGCUUGCAGCUUUCCUCCUUUAUGGUCCAGCUAUUAUCAGUUGGGAACACAUCGCUGGAGAAAGCGUAGUGCCAGAUGGAGAGUGCUAUGCCGAGUUUUACUUCAACUGGUAUUUUUUGAUAACUGCAUCUGCUGUCGAGUUCUUCACACCUUUCAUAAGUGUCACUUAUUUCAACCUCAGCAUUUACAUUAAUAUACGCAACAGAUGCGCAGUGAGGGAGGAACAGCCAACCUACAUUCGACUCAGGAGUUUUAAGAUGAAGCCUCUGGCAGCUGGUGACGUACAGCGUGUGUUUUUUGUGAGGCCUAUCGAGGAAAGCGAGGUCAGAGACUUGCCCUCAAGGUCUCGCUGCUGCCGGUUACCAUCAAGCUCAAGGGUGUCCGCCACUGAGUUCCCCAACACCAGACAGACUAAACGAAGAGACAGCGCAAUCGCAGACCUGCCUCCCUUGCAGGUCGGGGACCAGAUCCUGACGUCCACCGAGGCACAGUUUCAUUACGUGAAUCAUUCCGGUUCACACAGACAUCGUCCUGAUACGGUUGCAAGUUUGGCCAGUCGCUUUCGCUUAUCUAGAGAUAAAAAGGUUGCCAAGUCUCUAGCUGUGAUAGUCUGUGUGUUUGGUCUGUGUUGGGCACCCUACACUCUUCUCAUGAUCAUUCGGGCAGCUUGUCACGGUCAGUGUGUCCAGCAUUACCUUUAUGAGAUCUCAUUUUGGCUGCUGUGGAUUAAUUCAUCCAUCAACCCAGUCCUGUAUCCUCUGUGCCACAGCAGUUUCAAAAGAGCCUUCAGUAAAUUGUUGUGUCCAAGCAAGACAAAAAUACAACCUCUGAACAUGGACCAGAAGUACUAAACUUAAAAGAAUGAAAACAUUUUCAAAUAGGGCUAGUCUUUUUUUAAACGUGCUUGUAUAGGAGCUUAUUGGACAUCAGUAUUUUAAAAUAGUAAUUCGCUUAAAUUGUCCAGUGAGUAUACAGUGCUUAUAUUUAUUUCUGCAUCUUUUUUCAAAACAGUAGCAGAGUAAUAUUUCUUCCAGAUUCAAUUCAUCACUGGUACCGUAAUUGAUGUCAUGUGUUGUGUACAAAUAACUGGAAGUGUCUUUAAAUUACAUUGCCAUGUUUGCCUUGAUAAAUCACUUAUUUUCUAUUCAGAUGUCAAAAUAAACUGUGCUGAUGUUAAUGCAACUAUUAUGGACUGUUAUACCUCUUUAAACUGCAGUCUACAAUGUGAAAAAAAUGAGAUGAAAUCAUAGACCAGGCCACUUUGUUCAAUGUAAUUGUAUAUCGAUUCUAAAUAGCAGAUGUACAUGGAUUGAAAGCAAGCCCUGUAGUUCCCCUAGCAACUGAGGAGAAGACUAAAUCAAGAUAAAGAUGACUCAUUUCAUAUAAUUAUAUAAAAGGUAACAAAUUUAUAAAGAUUUAUUUUGGAACUUAUAGCAAAGUCUAAACAAUUGUCCCUAAUGAACUAGUGAAGUCUACAAUGCAGUAAGAUUGAGUUGAAACAAAGAGACAUGCAAAUGGAAAGAGGAAAACAAAGUACUCCUAAUCAGUGGCGACCGGUGACUUCUCUUCCAAGGGGGCGCAAAUUUAAAAUGUGUUCGGAUUCUUGUGUGUUGCACGGUGUUGGCGUGAACCACGUGCAUCAUGUGUCUUGUCAAAAAUCCUGUCUUCUGCACACUUGUCAAAAGGAUUUAUGAUAAAAGAGACGCUCACGUUCACGAAAUACUCGCAAAACACUAACUUAACAUUAAACACGUUUUUUUUAAAUGACGCUUGAUGCACAUAAGUUUAUAUGACACGCUGAACAUAUAUUUGAAAUGACAAGCCACACACAUGAUGAGCUAAAUACAUGUUAUGAAGAGCUUUGCAUCAUGAAAAAGAAGUCACUGGCCGCCACGAGGGCUGUGCUUAAAAUUCGCCUACGAUUCUUGUGCGGGUUUCAUCA